UCGAUGCUUGAUUGAACAGUCAACAUACUUGCCAUUCCAGUAAAACUAUCGGUAGGACUAGUGCAGUCGUCAUUCGGUAGGAGUGUCGCGUUGAAGGCCAACGAAAUUUGAAGAAUUUUGCAAAUACUAGUAAUAUAUUUCCAUAACAUUUGAUCAAGAUCAUAACGUUAAUAUCAAAAUGUUCUACACCUGUGGUCCCAACGAGGCUAUGGUGGUCUCCGGGUUUUGUCGCUCACCUCCUCUGAUGAUUGCUGGUGGGAGAGUGUUUGUUAUCCCCUGCUUUCAACAGAUUCAAAGGAUCAGUCUGAACACCCUCACACUGAAUGUGAAGAGUGAUAAAGUCUACACCCGCUAUGGAGUUCCCAUCUCUGUGACUGGAAUUGCACAGGUGAAGAUUCAGGGCCAGAAUAAGGACAUGUUGGCCACCGCGUGCCAGAUGUUCCUGGGCAAGUCGGAAACUCAGAUCGCACAGAUCGCCCUGGAGACCCUGGAGGGACAUCAGAGGGCCAUCAUCGCCCAUCUGACCGUGGAGGAGAUCUAUCAGGACCGUAAGAAGUUCUCUGAGCAGGUGUUCAAGGUGGCCUCCUCUGACUUGGUCAACAUGGGCAUUGGUGUGGUCAGUUAUACGCUCAAAGAUGUACAUGAUGACCAGGACUACCUGGUCUCCCUGGGCAAGGCCCGCACAGCUCAGGUCCAGAAGGACGCCCGCAUCGGUCAAGCCCAGUACAAGAGAGACGCCGUCAUGAGGGAGGCCAAUGCCAUGCAGGAGAAAGUGUCUGCUCAGUACAAGAACGAGAUCGAGAUGGCCCAGGCACAGAGGGACUUUGAGCUGAAGAAAGCCGUCUACGACAUGGAAGUCAACUCCAAGAAGGCAGAGUCCGAGAUGGCCUAUCAGCUUCAGGUGGCCAAGACCAAGCAGCGCAUCGAGGAGGAGAAGAUGCAGGUGCAGGUGGUGGAGCGCACGCAGCAGAUCCUGCUGCAGGAGCAGGAGAUCACGCGCCGCGAGAUGGAGCUGGAGGCCAAGAUCAAGAAGCCCGCCGAGGCCGAGCGCUACCGGCUGGAGAAGCUGGCCCAAGCCGAGCGGUCGCAGCUCAUCAUGGAGGCGGAGGCUGAGGCAGAGUCCAUCAGGAUAAAGGGAGAGGCAGAAGCCUUUGCCGUGGAGGCCAAGGGCCGCGCUGAGGCUGAGCAGAUGGCCAAGAAGGCUGAGGCCUUCCAGCAGUACGAGGAGGGUGCCAUGGUGGACAUGCUGCUGGAGAAGAUCCCUCUGAUGGCAGAAGAGAUCUCCAAGCCCCUGUCCAUGACCAAGAAACUGACCAUGGUGUCCAGUGGAGGGUCUGAGGUGGGCGCGGCCAAGCUGACAGGGGAAGUGUUGGAUAUUAUGACCAGGCUACCAGCGACCAUUGAGAAACUCACAGGGGUCAACAUCUCACAGGUUACUGGAAGGCGUGGCUGAAGCAGAGGCUGGGAAAUGGCACAAUAAUCCACCAGAUGAGAUGAGAUGACCUGUCCCAUUGUGCCUUUGGUGUGCAUGUCUAUAAGUUUAUUCUAUAACUGUCUAUAGUGUGUCUGAUAGCUUGAUUAGAUUUACUUGACCUCCAUGGCCUAAGUGAAAGGAUGCCAUUGGAUUUUUUACUCGUCAGUGAUGCUCUUUUAGUUUGAAUGUUUUUGGGGAGAUACAGAAGAUAGAAGAAGAAACCCCUCAUCCUACAAACAGAAGAGGAAGAUAUAUUGAAAAAUAUACAUAAUAUACCAUAUGUACCUUGUUAUACCAUAUUUACCUUGUAUAUUACAUUAUAUUUUAUAUAAUCUGCUUGUUGUCAUCUCAUGCAUGUCAGUACUGUGCUGUUUUUAAACCAAUCCACUUGCUCCUGUUGCAAUCUGUUGCCUCUUUCCAAAGUACUACACUGACAUUUAGAGAGUUUACUUUCUGAUCACUUUAUGUCAAUACUCUUAGCCAUGCGGGAAGCCGUCAUAGGAAAAACUGACCAAAUAUUGUGUGGUUACUUUUUUUCCUCCUCAGUUGUAUCUAUUUGCCUAUGUCCGAGCACUUCAGUGCAGGCUGUGUCCCCUACAGCACUGGGUCAGCACUACGGUUCAGGGCCAUUUCAGUAUGUUUGAGGGAUGGAGAUACCUUUACCAGUUCAGUAAUGUCAGAAUGUCAGGUUUUAUGGGGUCUUGAACUAUUGAACAUAAUCUGGUCAGAUCUUAAAAGUCCGAUGGCCUAUUGUGGGACUUCCCAGUUUUAAAUAUGAAAUGUUUUGUUGCUCAAUUGCGUCUGUGAACCUAAGAAUACUGAAACCAUAUUAAUCACUCGUACAUCCUUGCUUGCAGUUGGUUGUACACUCACAAAGGCCUGCGUUGAGAGUUUCUGUCGCGCUGUGAAGCGUCUGGCAUGUUGGCAAAGCAAGAGUAUGAUGGGUAAGGAAGUAAGGUGUCUGACAUGAGAAAGGGAUUCUGUUUUGAUGUUUGCAGCUCAAAGAGAAAGAAAUGGUAGAAGACUGUGGGGGAAGGCAAGUUAGUUUCGCAUAAACCACUUACGCUGAAAUGUGGGUCAAGCUCAAGUGCUUCCUUUUCAAAUACCAGACUGAAAUAGUUCUUUGUAAAGAAAAAGCUAAGGAUUGAGACCAUGCAGUUUAUGGAUUCUCAUUUUCAAUGUGACUGCAUAUGCGGUUCAGUUGCACUGUAUGCCUCUUCCAUCAUGCAAAGUCCUAAAAAAAUGCAUCAUGCAAAGUCCUAAAAAAAUGCUCCGCCAUCAACAAGUGCCUGAAAUCCCCCUCUGCCCCAUCAAUGCUCAAUUCAAGACUCCAUACUCAUUGUAUACUGAAGGGGGAUUUUGAUCAAUCAAGCCUUUGAACAGCACUGUGAAGUGUUUGCAUUUCUUCCAUUUGACAGCCAGUCAUUGCUUCUAGCUUUGGAUUUCAUCUUAUCACCAUUUUGAGUUCCAUGUUUAUUUUCUGAUUUUGUUUCAUUACUUGGAUAUUACUACUGGCGUUUUGUUUGUUUUGGCUUUAAAUUUAUCAAAAUAAUUAUGUGCCUUAUUUUAUACAUUAUAUAGUCUUUGUUGUGCCUCAAUGCAAUAACUCGAAUGUUGGAAAUGUUAGAGAUUUUCUCCUGUUGUGUUGUAACAUAGUUAAUUAUUCAAUAAACGCACUGAGAGACCUCA